AAAGCGGGGACUACACUCAACUCCCUCAACGCCGACGUCAUCAAUGAAUGCUGCCUCGUCCCCUAUAAAUCCCUCCCCUUUCCCUCCCUUUUCCCACUUCAUAAACCUAAUUCCUCAUCGGCCAUGGCAGAAGAAUUCCUCGAAUCGGAGAUCGUGUUCCCGGAGAGCGUCAACGAUAACGGCUACGCCGUUGACGAGGAGCGGAGCUUCUCCGGCGACUCGAGAGAAUCGCGGAGUAAGAAGCAGAGGAGGAGAACGAUUAAGAUGUCUGCGGCGGCGGAGAGGAGAGAGACGAAUUCUCUUCCGGUGAAUAUUCCGGCGGAGUCGUGGUUCCGGUGCGUGGAUGUGGAGGCGGAGUUGUUCGGCGAGGAGGAGGAGGAAAUGGUGCCGCCGCACGUGAUCACCGGCCGGAGAAUCGCCCGGAAAAUGAUGUCAUUCUCCGUCUGCACCGGGUACGGGAGGACGUUAAAGGGAAGGGAUUUGAGUGAAGUAAGGAAUUCAAUUCUUAGAAUGACUGGCUUUCUCGAAGCGUAGCUUCUGAGAUUAGUAUGAAUAAUAUCUAAAUGUAAUUAUUUUUAAAAAGAAAAAAAAAACUCAAUAAUAAUGAGAGGAAGAGUUUAACAACGAACAAA